GCUGGGCAGGCGGCGGUGGGGCGGUGAGGAAGGCGGAGCCCGUAUCCUCCGCUGCGCGCCUCUCUCGGGAAUUGGCGUCGGGGCUGAGGGCAGAGCCGCCUCUUGCCUGCGGGACCCGGGGAACACGAUCCGGGGCUUGUCCUCAAGGGUCGGUCCGAGGGGUAGCCCAGCUCCGGAGAGCCCCGCUGCUUGCCACCCCCGCACCCCACCCCAAAUAAUCUCUGACCGACCCGAAAUGAUUUAAUCUUUGCCCUUGAUGAGACGCUUCUUCCAAACGACCACGGGCUUCUGAAGAAGCGUCUUUGGGGAAAACCCUCGGAAUACAAGAAUUUGCAGGAAUACCGGUGCUAUUAUUUUCUGGUGCUGUUUCGGAUCCGGAAGCCUUUUGAGUUAAAUGGCUGCUGAACGGCUUGGAGGAAAGCAGGGUGAUCCCUCCUUAGAGAGGCUGUUUGGGGGAAUCCCUCAGGAAGAUCCAUCUCAGAAGAGACCAUCAGAAACCAGACCAACGUCGAUGGUAGCUUCUGGCACAUCUGUUAUCUGUGGUGGAGCACUUGUUUUUGCAAGAAAGAACGCUGUUUCCUUUGAGGAUGUAGCUGUGUUUUUCUCUGUGGAGGAGUGGUCCCUGCUGGAUUGUGAACAAAAGACUUUGUACGAAGAGGUCAUGCUGGAAAAUGCAAGGAACGUGGCCUCCUUAAAUGAUGGAUGGGAGAUGGAGAGUUCCGGCCAAGAGGCAGCAACACCUUUGCCAAAAGACAAAAAGGAAGUUGCGGAAAAGUUUUCUGGGAAGCAAAGUUCUGUGGAAAAAGAGUUAAAGGGGGAGCUGGGAAAAUGCUCUGCUUUACCAUGUGUAGAUAUCCGUGUCUUCUUAGCCAAAGAUGUUCAUCCAAAAAGAAAAGUGUGUCCGACGUGUGGAAAAAUAUCCACAGAUGAAUCAGGGUUAUGCAACGGUUGCAGAAGCCACACUGCAGAGAAACAGAAUGAAAGUGGAAAACGCUCCAGAAGGACUUUCCUCCUUACUUUAUGUCAGAGAAUACAAGGAGAAAAACCGUACCAAUGUCUGGUGUGUAGAAAGUGCUUCAAAGAUUUAAGUCAUUUUACUUCUCACUACAGGGUCCACACAGGAGAAAGACCAUACAAAUGCACGGUAUGUGGAAAGUGUUUCAAAAAUCCAAGUCAUCUUAUUUGCCAUAGUAGGAUUCACACGGGAGAGAAACCAUAUAAGUGCACCGAGUGUGGAAAAUGCUUCACCGAGUCUCGUUCCCUCACUUGCCAUAAAAGAAUCCACACUGGGGAAAAACCGUACGAAUGUAAAGAAUGUGGAAAGAGUUUCAAUCAAAAGCAUAGUUAUACGGUACAUAACAGAAUCCACACAGGGGAGAAACCAUACAUGUGCAUGGAGUGUGGGAAAUGCUUUACUGAAUCCAGUUCCCUCACUUGCCAUAAAAGAAUCCACACUGGGGAAAAACCAUACAAAUGCACCGAGUGUGGAAAAUGCUUCAGUGAGUCAGGUUCACUCGCUUCUCAUAAAACAAUCCACACAGGGGUGAAACCAUAUGAAUGCCAGGAGUGUGGGAAGAGCUUCAGAGCUUCAGUUUUACUUGCUUCCCAUAUAAGAAUCCAUACUGGGGAGAAACCAUAUAAAUGCACGGAAUGUACAAAGAGUUUCCGUUCUGCAAAGCAUCUUAGUUUCCAUAAAAGAAAACACACAGGGGAGAAACCAUAUAAAUGUGUGGAGUGUGGAAAAUGCUUCACUGAAUCAGGUUCCUUGACUUACCACAAAAGGAUCCAUACUGGCGAAAAGCCAUAUAAAUGCAUGGAAUGUGGAAAGAGCUUCAGAGCUUCAAGUUUUCUGACUUCUCAUAAAAGGAUCCACACUGGGGAGAAACCGUACAAAUGUAAGAACUGUGCAAUGAGCUUCAGUCAAAACUAUCAGUAUGCUAUACAUAGCAGAAUCCACACUGAAGAGAAACCAUAUAAAUGCACAGAGUGCGGAAAAGGCUUUCACAAGAACAGUCACCUUACUUACCACAAAAGGAUUCACACUGGGGAGAAACCGUAUAAAUGCAAAGAAUGUGGCAAGAGCUUCAUUCAGAAAUAUCAAUACACUGAACAUAACAGAAUCCAUACUGGGGAGAAACCAUAUAAAUGCACAGAGUGUGGAAAGAGUUUUAGAGCUUCCAGUUUUCUUACUUCCCAUAAAAAGUUCCAUGCCGAGGAAAAACCAUAUAAAUGCAUGGAGUGUGGAAAGCCCUUCACGAAUUCUGGUUCCCUUGCUAUCCAUAGGAGGAUCCACACUGGGGAAAAACCAUAUCAAUGUAAGGAUUGUGGAAAAAGCUUUAGUCAAAAACAUCAUUAUACUAGACAUAGCAGAAUCCACACUGGGGAGAAACCAUUUAAAUGCAUGGAAUGCGGGAAAUGCUUUACGGAGUCACGUUCCCUUACUUGCCAUCAAAGGAUUCACACUGGUGAGAAGCCAUAUGAAUGCGCUGACUGUGGAAGACGGUUUACUGAAUCCCGCUCUCUCGCUUCACAUAAAAGGAUCCACACUGGGGAAAAACCAUAUAAAUGCCUGGAGUGUGGGAAGAGCUUUAGAGCUUCAAGUUCUCUCACCUCCCAUAAAAGGAUCCACACUGGGGAAAAACCCUAUGAAUGUAAGAACUGUGCAAAGAGCUUCAGACAAAAAUAUAAUUAUACUAUACAUAACAGAAUCCACACUGGUGAGAAACCUUAUAAAUGCCUGGAGUGUGGAAAAAGCUUCCGUUCUCAAAAAUAUCUCCCUUCCCAUAAACGGAUCCAUACAGGGGAGAAACCAUAUCAGUGCAAGAAAUGUGACAAAAGCUUCAGUCAAAAACAUCAUUGUACCGAACGUAACACAGUCCACACUGGGGAGAAAGCAUAUCAAUGCAUGGAGUGUGGAAAAUGUUUCUCUGAGUCAGAGUCCCUCACUUCCCAUCAAAGAAUCCACACGCAUGAAAAAAAAUAUAAUUGUAUGGGGAAUGGUAUUUACUCGGCAUCGGUCCCUUUAUGAGCAUAGAAAAACCCAUUCAAGGCAAACCCAUAAAAACAGACUAGAACUGGAUUGUGCAUCAAAAAUUUUGCAGGCUACAGUCUUACACUAUCCCCCCCCCCGAAUGAAAUGUUAGAAGGUGGAAGAUAAGGAACGAUUCUGAAGAGAAUGGAGAAGAAUAACUACAACUGAUUACUUGAGUGAUAUUAAGCAUUUGUCCUUACGGAACCCUGAAUCUAAUCUUUUUGGGAAGAUCCACUUUGACACCCUUUACUGUUUAUCUCUCUCAAUUUAUUGCCAGUACCCGUGUUUCCCUCAAAACAAAACUGGGUCUUAUAUUAAUUUUUGCUCCAAAAGACGCAUUAGAGUUUAUUUUCCGGUUAGAUCUUAUUUUGGGGGAAAUAUGGUAGAAGCACCCAGAAGUGACAGUAGAGCAACUCUGGAAUUUUCGCUCUUUGCAGCUAAAACCUUAGUUUGCAUCUCUCUUGGUACCCCUCUGAUUGAUCAGAUUUUUAAUUACAAGGGUUGUCAACACUUUCUGUGUUUUAUUUACUCUUCUGGUGUCCUCACUGUAAUGAGAUAGAAAAAUCCAUGCUGGUUCUAAGGCACAGUUGGGUGAUCUUGGCUUCAUUGUGAUGUAAUUUCUUGAAUAAAAAAAUGUACCUUU